GCAAUCUGAAGCUCUAGUGAGAAACUCUGCACUGGAUCUCACAUUAUUCCAGAGAACCUGACAAUCUGCUUUACACACACACACAAAAAGGUAAAUUGGCUGACUUAAAUUCAGAGGAGAGCUUUUCUUUGUUUUCGCUUAGAUUUUGUUCACCUGAAUAAUCAGCCCAUUCAAAGGGGGAUCUCUUGUCCCUCUGAGGACCCCAACGGCACCAAAAUUGUGGAGUCCUUCAAUGCAUGGAAUGACUCAGAAGCCAACGCCUACACACUGAUGGACCUGCCUCUUAGAGCCCCAACAAAGAUGACAGUGCAAGAUGUUCCUGGUGCCUUUCCUACAGUGGAUGUCCCAGACCAUGCCCAUUAUACAAUUGGAGUAGUCAUUCUUAUAGUGGGGAUCACAGGAACUCUGGGUAAUUUCCUGGUCAUCUAUGCUUUCUGCAGGAGUAGGAGCCUUCAGACUCCAGCCAACAUAUUCAUCAUCAAUCUAGCUAUUAGUGACUUCCUGAUGUCCAUUACGCAGUCUCCAGUUUUUUUCACCAACAGCCUCCACAAACGCUGGAUUUUUGGUGAGAAAGGCUGUGAGCUGUAUGCCUUCUGUGGAGCUCUUUUUGGCAUUACAUCUAUGAUCACUUUGAUGGUGAUUGCCUUGGACAGAUAUUUUGUCAUCACAAAACCUCUGGCUUCUGUUGGAGUGACGUCUAAGAAGAAGGCCCUAAUAAUCCUGGUAGGAGUCUGGCUGUACUCUUUGGCUUGGAGCCUCCUGCCCUUCUUUGGAUGGAGUGCAUAUGUUCCCGAGGGUCUGCUGACUUCCUGUUCCUGGGACUACAUGACUUUCACACCAUCAGUCCGUGCCUACACGAUGCUGCUCUUCUGCUUCGUCUUUUUCAUUCCUUUGAUUGCUAUCAUAUACAGCUAUGUCUUUAUAUUUGAGACUAUCAAGAAGGCCAACAAGUCUAUUCAGACAUUCGGAUGCAAACAUGGAAAUAAGGAGUUCCAGAAACAGUAUCAGAGGAUGAGAAAUGAGUGGAAGAUGGCCAAAAUUGCACUGAUUGUCAUCUUGCUUUAUGUCAUUUCCUGGUCACCAUACUCUGUUGUUGCUCUGGUAGCUUUUGCUGGGUAUUCCCACGUCCUAACACCCUUCAUGAACUCCAUACCAGCUGUGAUUGCCAAAGCUUCUGUCAUCCAUAACCCCAUCAUUUAUGCUAUCACUCACCCCAAAUACAGAACAGCCAUUGCAACAUAUGUUCCUUGCCUUGGAUCCCUGCUGAGAGUUUCUCCUAAAGGCUCACGGUCUUUCAGCAGUUAUCCCUCCUCCAGACGAGCAACCGUACCCAGCCAGUCUUCUGAGCUAAGUGGGCCGCAGAAAGGAAAAAGGCAACUGUCUUCUCUCUCUGACAGUGAAUCAGUCUGUUUUGACACAGAAACUGAUACCCCCAGUGUGUUCUCCAGACUUGCUAGCAGACAGAUUUCCUAUGAAACGGGUAAAGACACAACUCAAACUAGUGACAUAAGAGUCAAACCUAAACUGAAGCGCCAUGAUUCUGGAAUUUGUGAGAAGACAGCUGCAGAUGCUGAUGACAUAUCCAUGGUAGAAUCGAAUGUCACAGAGUACACUGCUACACCUACUCACCAAACAUCUAAAAAACGCAACUUGGAGGAAAUCAAGAGAGGUGAGAGCCUGAAUGGUAUUGGACAAAGAAAAGGAGAGUCUCACCAUGGACCAUCUGCAGCCCAGAUACCCAGCAUUACAGUAACAUACAGCAAUGUCCAAGGAGUAGAGCUGCCUUCUGGAUACAAGUCUGGUUUCCUGUACCCUAAGAUCAACAGCCACAAGCAGAACAAGAAGUCAAACAGCUAAGUGGGUGGUGCAAGCCAGAAUGUCACCUUAGCCAAUACCUCUGGAACAACUAUGGACCCGCUGAAUCCAGAAUACCUUCCUACCUUGUUCUGAAAUGCUCCUACAAAGACACAAGACAAGCAAGGAUAAAAGCAAGGGGAGUAAGCUCUUCAGCAUCAGAACUCUCUCCAGUAGU